CUUGAGCCGCAGCUUACAACUUCUAGCUUGUUGUUCAUCUGAUUGUUUCGACAUCUACCUGGAAGGAUUUCAGUUUCCAUUAAGACGUGACUAUAACUAAAUAGUUGACGUGUAAUUUUUAUGUUCGGCUGACUACCUAAGCGUCAUUUUAUCGUUUAUUCGUCAGGAGGAGAUCUCCUAGUCAGGUUGCUAACUUCCUUCACGGUUAACGUUACUGAGCUUUGUGCUAGCAUGUCCGGAGGAGGUGUUGUUCGUGGACCCGCUGGGACUAACGACUGUCGUAUAUACGUGGGAAAUCUCCCACCAGACAUCCGCUCAAAGGACGUUGAAGACUUGUUUUACAAAUAUGGCUCCAUCCGUGAUAUUGAUCUGAAGAACCGGAGAGGAGGACCGCCGUUUGCCUUUGUGCAGUUCGAGGACCCGAGGGAUGCUGAGGAUGCUGUUUACGGCCGUGAUGGUUAUGACUACGAUGGAUACCGACUGCGUGUUGAGUUUCCAAGAAGUGGAAGGGGAGGAGGAGGGGGAGGAGGAGGAGGAGGAGGAGGAGGAGGUGGUGGUGGUGGUGGUGGUGGUGGUGGUAGUGGAGCAAUGGGACCCCCAAGGGGAAGGUAUGGUCCCCCAUCCCGACGCUCUGAGUACAGGGUUGUUGUGUCAGGUCUUCCCCCCAGUGGAAGCUGGCAGGACCUGAAGGAUCACAUGCGAGAGGCAGGUGAUGUAUGUUAUGCUGAUGUGUACCGUGAUGGCACCGGAGUAGUGGAGUUUGUACGCAAAGAAGACAUGACCUACGCUGUCCGUAAACUGGACAACACCAAGUUUCGCUCUCAUGAGGGAGAGACGGCCUACAUUCGUGUGAAGACGGACGGACCUCGCAGCCCCAGCUAUGGUCGUUCUCGCUCUCGUAGCCGCAGUCGAAGCCGGAGCAAGAGCGGGUCUCGCAGCUACUCUCCUCGUCGCAGCAGAGGGUCUCCACGUUACUCUCCCCGGCGAUCCCGUUCCCGUUCCCGCUCCCGCUCUCGCACCUAGAUCUCGCACCUCACCUUAACUAAAGCAAUGGUGUACCUAAGAGCUGAAGAGGAAAUUUUCACAUCACUUAUCAAAUCCAAUCCUGCACACUGACCAUGGAUCAUCUCCUGUGUUACCUGUUUGUACUGUCAUGUUGUGUGUUCCCU